GACAGCAAAUGACAUUACUUGUUUUCUGGGAAAGCAUUUCUCUCCCACCCAGAAGGUGGAAGGCAGUGCUUGGACCUGGGAGGCCAAGAGUUAACGGUCGGAACACCCACGUGCAGCUCUCGGGAGCCGCUCGCGGCUGCUCACAUCCAGCGUGAAAAGAGGGUGAAUGAGAAAAUGUAGUGGAGUAACACUGAGGUGACACCUACCAGGAGCUUGGCGUGGAUACCCUAGCCCAGACAGAGCAGCUGCCCCUGGGCGUCCUUCUGGCCAUCCAGCCUCACCAUGUCAAAGAAGGGCGCCAGUAGCCGGGCCAAAGGGGACAAGUUGGAGGCUCUCGCUGCACUUCAGGCUGCCAACGAGGAGCUGCGAGCCAAGCUCACGGACAUCCAGAUCGAGCUGCAGCAGGAAAAGAGCAAGGUCAGCAAAGUGGAGCGGGAGAAGAGCCAGGAGCUGAGGCAGGUGCGGGAGCACGAGCAGCGCAAGCACGCGGUGCUGGUCACAGAGCUCAAGAGCAAACUGCACGAGGAGAAGAUGAAGGAGCUGCAGGCCAUGCGCGAGGCGCUGCUGCGGCAGCACGAGGCUGAGCUGCUCAGGGUCAUCAAGAUCAAGGACAACGAGAACCAGCGGCUGCAGGCACUGCUCAACACCCUGCGGGAUGGCGCACCCGACAAGGUCAAGACGGUGCUCCUGUGUGAGGCCAAGGAGGAGGCCAAGAAGGGAUUCGAGGUGGAGAAGGUCAAGAUGCAGCAAGAGAUCUCGGAGCUCAAGGGGGCCAAGAAGCAGGUGGAGGAGGCGCUGACGAUGGUGAUCCAGGCCGACAAGAUCAAGGCUGCCGAGAUCAGGAGCGUGUACCACCUGCACCAGGAGGAGAUCACCCGCAUCAAGAAGGAAUGUGAGCGUGAGAUCCGCAGGCUGAUGGAGGAGAUCAGAUUUAAAGACAGAGCAGUCUUCGUGCUGGAGAGAGAGUUAGGGGUUCAAGCCGGGCAUGCGCAGAGACUGCAGCUCCAGAAAGAGGCUUUAGAUGAGCAGCUUUCCCAGGCCAAAGAGGCUGAGCGGCACCCGGGCAGCCCCAGACGAGAACUUCCUUAUGCAAGCGGUGCAGGAGAUGCCUCAGACCACUCGGGAAGCCCUGAACAGCAGUUGGAUGAAAAGGAUGCCCGGCGCUUCCAACUAAAAAUAGCAGAGCUAAGUGCUAUCAUUCGUAAACUUGAAGAUCGCAAUGCCUUGCUGUCCGAAGAAAGGAAUGAACUGUUAAAGCGUUUAAGAGAAGCUGAAAGUCAGUAUAAGCCAUUGCUGGAUAAAAACAAACGGCUUACCAGGAAAAACGAAGAUUUGUCCCACACUUUACGGCGCAUAGAAAGCAAACUGAAAUCGGUCACUCGGGAGAACAUAGAAAUGAGAGAGAGAGCCGGAAUCAUCCGGAGACCCAGCUCCUUAAAUGAUCUUGACCAAAGCCAAGAUGAGAGAGAAAUCGACUUCCUCAAGGUCCAGAUAGUGGAGCAACAGAACCUCAUCGAUGAGCUUUCCAAGACCCUGGAGACAGCUGGCUACGUGAAGAGUGUGUUAGAGCGGGACAAGCUGUUGAGGUAUCGGAAACAGAGAAAGAAAAUGGCCAAAAUCCCCAAGAAGCCGGUUGUUGUGGAGACCUUUUUUGGGUAUGAUGAAGAAACUUCCCUGGAAUCCGAUGGCUCCUCCAUCUCUUACCAAACAGACCGGACAGACCAGACACCAUGCACCCCAGAUGAUGACCUGCAAGAGGGCAUGGCCAAGGAAGAGACAGAGCUGAGGUUUCGGCAGCUGACUAUGGAGUACCAGGCCCUGCAGCGAGCCUACGCCUUACUUCAGGAGCAGGUUGGAGGGACGCUGGAUGCAGAGCGAGAAGUUAAGACCCGCGAGCAGCUACACGCAGAAGUGCAGAGAGCACAGGCGCGGGUGGAGGACCUGGAAAAGGCGCUGGCUGAGCAGGGGCAGGAUAUGAAGUGGAUUGAGGAGAAGCAAGCACUGUAUCGAAGGAAUCAAGAGCUUGUUGAAAAGAUAAAGCAAAUGGAGAUGGAAGAGGCUCGGCUAAAGCAUGAGGUCCAGGAUGCAAAGGACCAGAAUGAGCUGCUGGAGUUCCGGAUCCUAGAGCUUGAGGAGAGAGAGAGGAAGUCACCUGCCAUCAACUUCCACCACACGCCUUUCGUAGAUGGGAAGAGCCCCCUGCAGGUGUACUGCGAGGCUGAAGGCGUGACGGACAUCCUGGUCCCAGAGCUUAUGAAGAAGCUGGACAUCCUGGGGGAUAACGCCGUAAGUAAUCUCACCAAUGAGGAGCAAGUGAUUGUCAUACAAGCCAGGACCGUCCUGACCUUGGCAGAAAAGUGGCUCCAGAGAAUAGAAGAGACAGAGACAGCACUGCAGAGAAAGAUGGUGGAUCUGGAGAGUGAGAAGGAGCUGUUUAGUAAACAGAAGGGCUACCUGGAAGAGGAGCUGGACUACAGGAAGCAGGCACUAGACCAAGCCCACAAGCACAUCCUGGAGCUGGAAGCCAUGCUGUACGACGCCCUGCAGCAGGAGGCUGGGGCCAAAGUGGCCCAGCUGCUGACGGAGGAGGAGCGCGAGAAGCUGAAGGUGGCCGUGGAGCAGUGGAAGCGCCAGGUCAUGAGCGAGCUGCGAGAGCGGGACGCGCAAAUCCUGCGGGAGCGCAUGGAGCUGCUGCAGAUGGCGCAGCAGAGAGUUAAAGAGCUGGAAGAGUGGAUAGAAACCCAGAAGAGACAAAUAAAGGAGCUGGAGGAAAAGCUUUCAUUCUCUGGUCAUAGCUGGUCUUGGCACCCUCACCUGCCCCCCACAGAGGCAGACUCCUGUUCUCUCAUGGGACCAGAGAGCAGUGGGUGCCAGCAAAAGCACGAGACAUUGUGUCUCAACCCUGAAGACCCGACAGGGUUUGGGCUUUGCACACCAUCCUAUGGAGGACAAGGGACUGGGCAUUGUAAUCUGUCCCCACUGUCCCUUUGGGAUAAACCAGGACUGGAACUGGUCUUGCUGACUGGUGUUUCUCUGGGAGAAGCCCAGCCUUGGCUGCUGGGACCUGGGGUUCCUUUACCCAGACAGCAGUUCCCAUCCUGGUCACGGGGAUGUGUGAUGUUCCCUGCCAAGCAGGGGUAAGAGCUGCUCCGAUGCAGGAGCCACCCCAGGACCACCCCAUCAUUCUCACAGUGACUGUCAGUGCUCCUAGAAGAUGCUCAGAACCAUCCAGCCUUGUCCUUGUGGCAAGAUGAGGGCUGUGGUCUCAGUGGUGACCUUCGUUCCGGAGGAACUAGGAAGGUUCACCUGGGACAUCCCUAAAGGAUUCCUUUUGGCACCUGGGCACCAGGUGUCAUGCUGGGGUCACUCCCUGAGGGCCUGAGCACUUAAUGAUGAACAGAUCCCACAUUGAACCUUGUUCUGAUACAUUGACAUCUGUGGGGACAGUGAGAGUCAUACCCCCACUGGUCUCCUUAUCCCACCCCUCCAUGAAGGCUGGAAUCUUCCAGCUAGGAGCACAGUGGAGUGAUCAGAGGAGGCUUAGGGAGCACAGUGCGGGCACUUAAGGUGAGCAUGCAGAACUGUAGGAAAGGGGCCUGGCCUAGGAGAACGCAGAUGGCAGCAGUCCCAGAAACCACAGAAGUGCAAGACACUGGCCUGGAAGACCUUCAAUAGAUGGGUCCCUCCUGGGAGCUGCAGCCAGCAAUGGUGGCUGAAGACAACCGUAUGCAGGCCUUUGUGCACAAGGAGAAGAGUCAAGAGAGGAGACAAAAUGCAGUGGUGGUUCUACGGACAGGAGGGAGUCCAUGCAAUGGUCUGCAG